AUGAGAGAUGAUGUUCGUGGUGUGCACGACAAAAUAGCAGCGAGGGUCGGCAGCUCUGAUCCAGGGGAAUUGUAUGAAUGCGAUGAGUGGAACAAGUUAGAGUACAACUGCGCAAGACACGGAAGAGCUGGGACAGGUCCUUUCGAAGAGUAUCGAUUUGUCAACAACGAGCGCUCUUACCUCAAGGGCUUCAUCCAGCUCGUCAUUGGUGGUUUGCCAGCUCAAGUCAACCCACCAUUCCACAAGGCUUAUCAAAGCAGCUGA